UAGGCACGCACCCAGACGAUAGCGAGCAGGCAUUACUUUUCUUUUGAAGAUUUUGUUGUUAAAUACAGUCUGAACCUUUCUGUCUUUAUCUAUUCCCCUGUAGCUGUUGGCUGCGUAGUAACGUCGCCUUUUACGUGGGUGUGGUGGCCUACUUCAUCCUGAUUUUCGCUCUGUGCCUGCUGGUCUUCAUCAUGGUUAUGGUCCAGCUGGCCCGGAUCAAGAAGCAGAACCCCCAGAACCAGUCCCCUAACAGGGGAGUAAUGACAGACAUGCGCAGCAUCGCUGGCCUCGUCAUCCUGCUCGGCCUCACCUGGGGUUUCGCCCUGUUCGCCUGGGGACCCCUCUACUUACCCUUUGUUUACCUUUUCACUUUAUUCAACACUCUGCAAGGUUUCCUUGUCUUUGUUUUCCACUGUGCUGUGAAGGAGAAUGUCCGCAGACAGUGGAGAACUUAUCUUUGCUGUGGAAGACUGCGAUUGGCUGAAAACUCAGAAUGGAGUCGGACGGCAACACAGAACAACAAGAAUCCAUCGGGUACCACGGCAGCCACUGCAGAUUUCCUCUUUACCACUCGAAGCUCCUCUGUCAUCAGUGAUCGCACCAACAGCGGCUCUGUGUUUGGGGACAGUGGAAUAUUUGAAGGCUCCAACAGCGACGUCGUCCUCAACGAGAUUCACAGAAGAAAUCUGUCACUGCAAGGAGAGGCCUGACAACCAUGUCAAGCGGUAAUUUGUGAUUACAAUAAUUAUAUGCUCUGAGAGAGCCGAGAGGGCGGUCAGAGAUUGGUGAUCUCCUGCA